AUACAGAACUCCAGGGAGUUGGAGAGUGGAGUGGAAGCUGUUAAUGCACAAAUUUGAGAAAUGUGCCUGAAGCAUAAUUAAAAAGUGAAAACCACCAUCUGGAAGGCGCCAUUGAGACAGUGACUGGGACAAUCCACCCCCAGAAUAUUUGGAAAUCAUCCAGAAUCAAAUUAAGUGUGCAUUGGAUCGAGAUAAACUGAGUAAGAUGCAUUCCCAGGAUGAGGAUGAGAGCCGUGUGCCCAUAUUGCAUGAGUCAGAUCGCCCGGAAGAUGGGGAGGACAACGAAUUGGAUGAGGAGCUGACAGGAUGUGCAGCGUCUCCCUGCUGCAAUCCCAGUCACACGUGUCACAGAUUCAUUGCCCUCAUCUUUAUGUGUCUACUGGGUUUUGGCUCCUACUUCUGCUAUGACAACCCUGGAGCUCUGCAGGACAACUUCAAGAACGACCUAGGCAUGUCAACCAGUCAAUUCGUAAUGCUCUACUCUAUCUACUCUUGGCCCAACGUUGUACUUUGUUUCAUCGGAGGCUUCCUCCUGGACAGAGUGUUUGGCAUCCGUUUUGGAACCAUAAUCUACAUGUUCAUCCUCUUGAUAGGCCAGCUCCUGUUUGCCAUGGGUGGCAUUCUCAACAUGUUCUGGUUGAUGGUUGUCGGACGUUUUAUAUUCGGCAUUGGAGCAGAAUCUCUGGCAGUAGCUCAGAAUAACUACGCAGUUUUGUGGUUUAAAGGCAAGGAACUGAAUAUGGUGUUCGGAUUGCAGCUGUCCUUUGCCCGAUUGGGUAGCACUGUGAAUUUUCUGGUGAUGGAACCUGUCUACAAGUAUGUCAAUCAGUUCUACAAGGGUCACAUGUGCGCAGGGGUUGUUCUCCUGCUUGCUUCCCUCACCUGCGUAAUGUCCAUGAUCUGUGCUCUGGUCUUGGGCUGGAUGGAUGGUAGAGCUCAGAGGAUUUUAAAAAGAAAUGACAAUCCCACCGGAGAAAUAGCCAAACUUACUGAUGUUAAAACAUUCCGAGUAACUUUCUGGAUGGUUUCAGUGAUCUGUGUGGCUUACUACGUAGCUAUCUUUCCUUUUAUUGCCUUGGGCAAGGUCUUCUUCAUCCGGAAAUUUGAUUAUUCUCCCGAAGAUGCAAAUACUGUUAAUUCAAUUGUCUACAUCAUUUCUGCCAUUGCUAGUCCUCUUAUGGGAUUAGUUGUGGAUAAGACUGGGAAAAAUGUUCUUUGGGUAUUUGUAUCUAUCAUAACGACUAUUGUUGCCCAUGCAAUCCUCGGAUUCACCUUUGCUAAUCCAUAUAUUGGUGUGAUUAUUAUGGGAAUGGGUUAUUCGAUGCUUGCAAGCAGUCUUUGGCCUUUAGUGGCUCUUAUUGUUCCUGAAUACCAGCUGGGAACGGCUUAUGGAAUUUGUCAAUCUGUACAGAAUCUCGGACUUGCUGUCAUUUCUAUGUUGGCUGGAAUGGUUGUUGAUCAUGGAGGUUUCAUGAUGCUGGAGAUCUUCUUCAUGGGAUGGCUUUCUGUAGCCCUUAUUGCAACCAUUGUUAUCUGGCUGUAUGAUAUAAACAACAAAGGUAUCCUCAAUCUAACGCCAGGUCAGAGGGAAAAUCAUCCGGAUAAUCUCUUAAACAUUGGAAAAUUUUCUCAUGCUGAAGUUGAACAUAUCGAAGCACCAUCUGCUGCUGGAACUUCCUAUUCUCCAACUUCCGUGCGAAAUAGAUUUGCUGGGCAUCCCGAUCAACAGCCCCUUCUUCCGGACUAAGCCACAAUAUUUUAAAACAGGAAAAACCAAAAUCCGGAUUGCCCAAAAAAAAUGUAGUCUUUAUUGUGACCGUGUUGUGAGUCUACACAAAAAAUAUUUUAUCGGAAUGAUGGCAAGAGCUAAGGAAAGCAUUUUUUUUUUCCAAAAGAAAAACCAAUCAAAGAUGUUAAUUAUAUUGAAUGUUGAGCCAAAUUAAUGACACAAUCUUAAGGAAUAUACCGUAUCACUCUAUAGAGAAAUUUUUUAUCAUAAGAUUAUCUAGAAGAUGUUUGUAAAAUAAUGUUUAAUUAUAUUUUUUAAAAGUGUAACAUUAUAUAUUUUUUAGUUAAGCUUUUCUUUUCUCGUGUUUUUUUUUUGCUAUAAUCUCUUUACAUUCAACGAUAAACUCUCAGUAUUUAUUUUUAAAUGGCUGGGGCAAAAAUAAUGUAGAAUCUACAUGCAAGAUGUAACUAUUUGUGCAAACAUUCCAAAUUACUGCAGGAGGUGAUUUUAGCAAGUUUUCGGGCAUAUCCAUGAAUUCCAGAUUCCUUUCUAAUCCUAACAGUUUAGCCAUUUACUCCAGGAUCUUAUUGCUGUCCGGUAACUUCAGAGUCACCUCCUGAGUUUGUGAUAUUUUGCUGUGUGCAGAGAAAUGCCCUUCUUUAAUAUAUUUUUUUGUUAUUAAAAGCUCUAUGUGCCAGGAUAAAUAAAUGGAGAUCUUUAAGAA